AUGAGUACCACAAUAGACAUUUCUAUCGAAACCGAAGUUUUUCCUAAACAAGAGAAGCAAAACAAACUCUUUUUCCUUUAUAAUGUUUGGUAUCUUAUAGGCAAACAAUGUAAACAGAAUGAGAAAAAAGUUAUUCAUAGUAUUAAGGUUGGAAUUGCCUUGGUUUUUGUUUCACUUCUCUAUCUCCUUGAUCCAGUUUUCGAGCAGGUUGGCGAAAGUGCCAUGUGGGCUAUCAUGACUGUUGUGGUUGUCUAUGACUUCUUUGCAGGGGCUACAUUAGGCAAAGGGUUACUUCGUGGACUUGGAACCAUACUUGGAGGCGGAUUGGGGUGUCUGACAGCAGUUUUGGCAGAUUAUUUUGGAAAGACGGGAAACACAGUUGUCGUUGGAACCUCAGUUUUUAUUAUUGGUGCAAUGGCAACAUAUUGUCGGAUGAUCCCAAACAUAAAAAGAAACUACGAUUACGGGGUCAUGAUUUUCAUCCUUACCUUCAAUCUAGUAGCAGUGUCUGGUUUGCGUGCUGACAAAAUCUUGGAGUUAGCCGGCCAACGCCUCACUACAAUUGGUAUGGGCUUUGCUGUCUGCAUAAUCACUAGCUUACUCAUCUUUCCCAUGUGGGCUGGCGAUGAACUUCAUCGAUUGACAUCCUCCAAGUUCAACAAACUAGCAUGCUGCAUUGAAGAAUGCAUGGAAGCAUAUUUCGGUGUCAAUGAAAACAAAGGCCAGCCAAGCAUUAACAUCAACAGUUGCAAAUCAGUGUUACAUUCAAAGUCAAGUGACGAGUCACUGGCAAAUUUUGCAAAAUGGGAACCCUGGCAUGGUAAAUUUGGAUUUUACUAUCCUUGGCAAAAAUAUCUGAAAAUAGGAGAACUACUCCGGGAGCUUGCUUCUAUCAUUUUGACCUUGCAAGCAUGUACCGAGUCAGCAUUACAGCCCUCAAAAAUGCCACAACUUGCGAUCCAAGAGACAUGCAAAAAUGCAGGAAUGUCACUUGCAGUCGCGAUGAGAGAGCUUGGAGAAAGCAUUAUGGAAAUGAGAAGGGUUCGGGAAAAGGUUCUAAUACUUCCAGAAUUGCAGUCCAUAACCAUACUUGCAGACCCAAAGCUACAAGCAAUUGAAAAUGUUGAAGCUCUUGCAGUAGCAAAUUUCUUGUUUUUGCUAACAGAGAUAGUCAAUAAAGUAAAAGUACUAGCCAAAGAAGUGGAUGAGCUUGGAGAGGUUGCCAGUUUUCAAUCGUAA